AUGCCCUCUUUUUUGGAUUUGAUAAGGAGUUUAAAUGCUGCUUUCAGUAAAGGUGACAAUAAUAGCUGCUUGCAACUGCUGACACCCAUCAAAAUUGAGUUGAUUAAGAACAAUCUGCUGGUCCCUGAUUUAGUUAGGGCUCGCAACAACGAAGGAUAUUUAAACGAUUUGGAGAGUGCUCGGAAAAUCCUGGAGAUUGGUGCUCUUUGCAGCGUGAGAAAUAGAGAUUUCGAAUCUUUCCAGAGUUUCUCGUCACAAUUGAGGGUGUUCUACUUCAGCCAUAUUCCCAAACUGGAAGAUUCUGAGAACAGAUCCAAAUUGAUCAGCUUAUAUCUAUUGAUUUUAUUGUCACAAGGAGACGUAACGAGGUUUCAUUCUGAGUUAGAAUUUCUGGGGAAACGAUUGGGUAAUAUGGAGGAAGAUACGUUUUUGUCAUACCCUAUUAAGGUGGAAAAAUGGCUGAUGGAAGGUUCCUAUCAAAGGGCUUGGAAUUUGCUGAAUAACGAGUCCAAAGUUGAGGAGUUUAACAUUUUUACACAAACAUUGAUGGAUGCGAUUAGAGAGGAAAUUGGUCGCAACACGGAGCUUUCGUACAAGAGAUUGCCUCUGUUUAAUGUUAAGGCAUUGCUAUUUUUCGAGAGUGAAAAGGAUACAGAGCAAUUUGCUCUUGCUAGGGGAUGGAAAGUGGUUUCCGGUAGCAUUGUUUUUGACGAGGAAGAAACCUUGCAAGAUGAUCAUCAGGCAAAUAUAGUUGAGAAAACCCUAGACUAUGCCAUCAAUUUAGAAAGCAUUGUGUAG